GGGAGGAGCCGGGGCGGGAGGCGGCGCCGCGGAGGGGACCCGCGGCCCGGGCGAGAGCUCGCCAGCCCCGCCGCGAUGCCCCCGCGCCCAGGACGCCUCCUCCAGCCGCUGGCCGGGCUGCCGGCCCUGGCCACGCUCCUGUUGCUGCUCGGAGCACGCAAAGGUGCCCGGGCCCAGGAGGUGGAAGCAGACAGCAGGGUCGAGCAGGACCCGCACGCCAAGCACCUGUAUACGGCCGACAUGUUCACGCACGGGAUCCAGAGCGCCGCGCACUUCGUCAUGUUCUUCGCGCCCUGGUGUGGACACUGCCAGCGGCUGCAGCCAACUUGGAAUGACCUGGGAGACAAGUACAACAGUAUGGAGGAUGCCAAGGUCUACGUGGCUAAAGUGGACUGCACGGCCGACUCCGACGUGUGCUCGGCCCAGGGAGUUCGAGGAUACCCCACCCUGAAGUUUUUUAAGCCUGGGCAAGAAGCGGUGAAGUACCAGGGUCCAAGAGACUUUGAAACACUGGAAAACUGGAUGCUGCAGACACUGAACGAGGAGCCAGCCACACCAGAGCCGGAAGCAGAACCACCCAGAGCCCCUGAGCUCAAGCAAGGCUUGUAUGAGCUCUCAGCCAACAACUUUGAGCUGCACGUUUCUCAAGGCGACCACUUUAUCAAGUUCUUCGCUCCGUGGUGUGGUCACUGCAAAGCUCUGGCUCCAACCUGGGAGCAGCUGGCCCUGGGCCUUGAACAUUCUGAAACUGUCAAGAUUGGCAAGGUUGACUGCACACAGCACUACGCUGUCUGCUCAGAGCACCAGGUCAGAGGCUAUCCAACUCUGCUCUGGUUUCGAGAUGGCAAGAAGGUGGAUCAGUACAAGGGAAAGCGGGACUUGGAGUCCCUGAGAGACUAUGUGCAGUCCCAGCUGCAGUUUUCAGAGGCAGCUCCAGAGACUGUUGAGCCAUCAGAGGCCCCAGCGGUGGAUGCUGAGCCCACAGGUGACAAGGGCACUGUGCUGGCACUCACAGAGAAGAGCUUCGAGGACACUAUUGCACACGGAAUAACCUUCGUCAAGUUCUAUGCUCCAUGGUGUGGCCACUGCAAGAAUCUGGCUCCUACCUGGGAGGAGCUCUCUAAAAAGGAAUUCCCAGGCUUGGCAGAUGUCACCAUUGCGGAAGUGGACUGCACCGCUGAGCGCAAUGUCUGCAGCAAGUACUCGGUACGAGGCUAUCCCACAUUGCUGCUUUUCCGAGGAGGUGAAAAAGUAGGUGAACACAACGGAGGCAGAGACCUCGACUCUUUACACAGCUUUGUUCUGCGCCAGGCAAAGGAUGAACUCUAGGAGGCCCUGGUGACGUCAUCCCGCCUGGCCUCAUGCACCCCGUGCAUAGGAGUGACCUCACAUGGACAUGCGCGUUUUCACUGUGGUUAGUCAGAAAGCUGAAUGUAUUAAGCUUGUGUUGCUUCCUGUGUGCGCUCUGAGCCACCACACACUACGGACCUUAAGUUUCUCUAAUCAUGGCUCAUGGUCCCUGGGCAAACCAAAUAUUUUCAGUGGCGAUCCAUCCUGUACCCUUCUCUUGACAGAAUUAAGUUGGCUCCCUUUGCAACUAAAAUAUAGUCAAGGAAAACCAAAUUGCUGAACUCUGUUGGCUCCUGGGGGAUGUGAAGAAAUGCAUCACGCAGAAGCAGUUUUUUGAAUUGCCUGAGUUCUGGAAAGGCCUGUGGAACUGUUGACUUAGUAACGUGUCGGUCCAUAGUGUGCAGGUUUCAAAACAAAAGUCCACAUAGUCCUGAAGAUCCCUUCAUAGCCACUGCCACUGUCAGGUUCCUGGGUCUUAUUACUUCUCUAUUGAGAGAGGUAAUCCAUAAUAAAUGGUACUUCUGAUGUGUGCCCCAAAUACUCAGGCUGUUCAAAGGAUCCUCUUGCCUGCUUUGCAUAGGGUGGAAUGUGGAGAUGUCUUCUGUAGAAAGCGAGGGUGUGGGAUGCUCCACAAGGUGGGUCCUUACCCAGGCUUUCCCAGGUCCAAGGACCAGGGAGACUCUGCAGCUCCACUCGGGCCUUCCUAGAAACAGCUUCCGAAUCUCUUCCUAAGUAGUCCUUUCAGCGGCUCGCUCUACAAUCUCCACCUCCAAGGAGGCUGACCGUCUUUCUAAUUAUGUAUGAGCAGUGGGAUUCAUUUGACCUCAAGACCAAAGACUGCAGUCAGCAGGGCUGCCCUCGCCUAGGAAGCCCCAGGUUGGAUUUUGCACGGCUCCUUCUGGUUCCCACCUUCCCGGUUAUUAGACACUGCUGCUCUUAACUCUGCAAAGAUGCAGCCUGCACCAUGCCUCUGUCUGUCCUGUUCUCAGAACCACCAUGUUUGUGCCCAGACCCUUCACCCACCUCCCAUGAGCAGGGUGAAGUCAACACGUAGCACAAAAUGUGUGGCAAGGAGACUCGGAAACAAGACCACAUCUGCUUCCUAAGCUAGGGAGCCGAGGCCCCCCGCCAGCCUCUUAUGAACGUCUAUUAUUAACCAUGUGUGGGUCACAGCUGUCCUUGGAAACCAGCUCCAUUGGCCCGGCUCACGGUGGCUUCCGCUUUGCAUCAUGAGUCUUGUAUUAAAAGAAAACUCAAGUGGUACAGUUGGUUUAUACUUUCUAAUAAACUUUUUUUUUUUUUAA